AUGGGAGGCCAUCUAGUGACGGUUGCGACAUGCAACCUAAAUCAGUGGGUUCUCGACUGGGAGGGCAACCUGAACCGCAUCGUUGAGAGCAUCCACAUCGCAAAAGCGGCCGGUGCUCGGCUUCGUGUCGGUCCCGAGCUUGAAAUCACCGGCUACUCUGCCUUGGACCACUUCCACGAGCUUGAUGUCUACACUCACAGUCUGGAGAUGCUCAGCAUCCUGCUCCAGGAUGAGAGCACCCAUGGUAUUCUCCUGGACAUUGGCAUGCCCAUUCUCCACAGGAACCUCAGAUACAAUUGCCGGGUUAUUUGCCUCGACGGAAAGAUUCUCUUGAUCAGACCGAAAAUGUGGCUGGCCAAUGAUGGCAACUACAGGGAGAUGAGGCACUUUACCCCCUGGAUGCGCCCUAGAGAGACUGAGCUGUUCCACCUCCCCAAGAUGCUGGCUGAGCUCCAGGGUGAAACCCACGUCUUGUUUGGUGAUGCCGUUAUUUCCACCCCCGAGACUGCCUUUGGUGCCGAGACCUGUGAAGAGCUUUUCACCCCCAAAGCUCCGCAUAUCGACAUGGCUCUGGAUGGUGUAGAGAUCAUCACCAACAGCAGCGGCAGUCACUUCACCUUACGGAAACUCGACACUCGUCUUCAGCUGAUUAUGGAGGCCACCAGAAAGUCUGGUGGUGUAUACCUUUAUGCCAACCAACAAGGCUGCGAUGGCGAGCGCCUGUACUUUGACGGGUGUGCCAUGAUCAUAGUAAACGGCGAUAUUGUUGCCCAAGGAUCCCAGUUCGGUCUCAAAGACGUCGAGGUGGUCACCGCCACUGUCGACCUCGAGGAAGUCAGAUCAUAUCGAGCAGCCAUCUCCCGCGGUCUCCAAGCCGCGACCUCGGAUGCCAGGUAUCAAAGAAUUCAGACUCCAUUCGAGCUGGCUCCCGAAGAUGACGACGCCGAUAUCGAAAAGCGACCCACCCUCCCCAUGCAGCCCAGAGUGCACCCCGUAGAAGAAGAGAUUGCCCUCUCUGGCGGAUGCUACCUCUGGGACUACCUUCGCAGAUCCGGAACGGCAGGCUACCUCGUUCCCCUGAGCGGCGGUAUUGACUCGUGCGCUACCGCCGUGAUUGUGUAUUCCAUGUGCCGCAUCGUCAUGGAUGCCGUCGAGGAGGAAAAUCAACAGGUCAUUGAAGAUGUCAAACGACUUUGUCAAUACAGCCAGGGUGUGUUGCCCAAGACACCGCAAGAAUUGUGCAACCAGAUUUUCACCACCAUCUACAUGGGUAUGAAGAAGCAGAGCUCUCGUGACACUCGCCAGCGCGCAAAGGAUCUUGCCGAGGCCAUCGGGAGUCACCACGUCAACCUCGAUAUUGACGAGGUAUACGAGGCUCAGAAGAAGCUCGUCGUCAACACCCUCAAUUUUGAGCCUAGGUUCGAGGUGGAAGGGGGCAGCAACCAAGAAAACUUGACGCUGCAGUGCUUGCAAGCCAGAAUCAGAAUGGUAACAGCGUACGAGUUUGGGCAGAUCCUUCCAACCGCGCGCGGAAGACCAGGAGGCGGCAGCCUGCUCGUCCUCGGCAGUGCAAACGUUGGAGAGUCUUUGAGGGGAUAUCUGACCAAGUAUGACUGCUCGAGUGCGGAUAUCAACCCCAUCGGCUCCAUCGACAAGGCGGACUUGAAACGUUUCAUCGCAUGGGCCGAGAAAGAAUUCGACCUACCCUGCCUCCACGAAUUCCUGACGGCCGUUCCCACGGCCGAGCUGGAGCCCAUCACCGAGAACUAUGUUCAGAGUGAUGAAGCCGACAUGGGCAUGACGUACGAGGAGCUCACCACGUUUGGGCGCCUCCGCAAGCUCAACAAGCUCGGCCCGUUCGCCAUGUUCCAGCGUCUCGUCCACGACUGGAGCAUCGACCGGAAGCACGUCGAGGGCGAUACCGCGCCACACUACACGCCUGCUCAAGUUGCGGAGAAGGUGAAGAGGUUCUUCCACUUUUAUGCCAUCAACCGGCACAAGAUGACAACCUUGACCCCAGCCCUUCACUGUAAUGAUUAUUCACCGGACGACAACCGCUUUGAUCUCCGACCGUUCCUGUACCCUAACUUUUGGAAGAGCUGGUCCUUCAAGAGGAUUGAUAUGGAGCUGAAGAAGAUUGAAAAGAAGCGGGCCAGUAAGGGGAAGUAG